AUGUGGACUCUGGCUGUUCCAGAAGAACAAUUGGCUACUAACACCUUCGGAAAUGAGACUAUUCUUGGAACUGGAGACCAACGGAAACCGUUAUUGUGUCAAUGGUAUUACCCUGGAUGUUUGGGACUGAGGAACCCCUUGGAUAUAGAUGUAAGCCAAUUACAUAUUAUAUCUUGUGUCAUCGCUUCCAAGAAGGUCAACGACAUGGAAAACCGUAUGACUCUUAGACUAAAUGGGUCAGUGGUGCAAUGGUAUUACGUUCAAGGUUCAGCAGAUGACCAUGAGCUUUGGCUUACCAACGAAAUAUGUGAGGGGAAACUCGAUCCUCGGUUCUUCUGGAAUCACAUCUAUACGAGUUCUGAUAUCAUUGAUCCUAAUUCCAACAUGAUAUAUGAUUGGCUUGGAGAUGAUCAACUCAUAGCCAAGAUGAACAGCAUUUGGACAAACUACGCACAGCUGCUUUCUACUAAGAAUGGUAUACUACCGGAUAUUUCUAAUGUGGACAAAGAGGACAAUAAAACAGGCAUUUCGUUUGGUAUAAUCAAUUCGUCGGUAGAAUAUGCAGAAUUGGUCGACGCCUUUAAGGGCAAUGUCGAUCAGGUAAUAGUGUUCUCUACAAAAUACGAGAUCCUUAACCCCAGGAAAGCCAAAGUCUUCCAUUAUUCUCUUGAAAGUGGUAAAAAGAGCUCCAGACAACUAAGAGAUAUAUUUCCGGUGCUUUUACCUCAAUUGGACACAAAUUUGCCUAUAAUGGUACUUGGUGAAGACGAUACUGAUUUGGCAGCUCUGGUUGUGCUAAUUCUUUUAAGUCAAAACUAUGAUGAUGAUUGGUGUCGCUGCCAACGACAGCAAAGGCCUAAUAAGGACACUGUUAGACGUCAUCUUCGACUCCUACUGAAUGUUCGACGGGUGAAUCCCUCAAGAAACACACUUCAAAGUGUCAACGCAUAUAUUAUGUGA